AUGCCCAGGGUGAACUUUUCCUGGGUGCACCCACCCCUCGACGGUCCUCCCACCCACCCACCCACCCACCCACCCCUCUACCCACCCCCACGACGCUUCUUCCACCCACCCCCACGACGCUUCUUCCACUCACCCCCACGACGCUUCUUCCACUCACCCCCACGACGCUUCUUCCGCCCACCCCCACGACGCCUCUUCUACCCACCCCCACGACUCUUCUUCCUGCAACUUUUCUUGUGCCAUGCUCAUACCCACAUCGAACUUUACCUGGGUGCACCCACCCCCACGACGCUUCUGGUGCCAUGCUCAUGCCCAGAGCGCCCCUUGCCCCACCUUGCCUCUUCCACCCAACCCCCAUAUCACCUUCACCCAGACUCCUCCAACCUCCCAAGCCACAGCUUACUAUCCCAUUAUCUAAAAAGUCCCCACGUGGGACGUGGCCCUACCAUAAUCCUCUCCCGAUUCCCGAGUUCCAGGGGUGGCGCCAGAGGGGGCCCUUGGAUGCGUGGCCGGGCCGAGCCCGUUCGCCCUGGGGGUCCUACUUACUCCAACUGA